UCUCUUUAAGCGGGAGCGCGCAGGGAACGGAGCCCAGCAGCUGGAGAUCUGGCCGGAGUGUUAGGAUGGAGCUGUCCCGGCCUCUGCAACGGCUGCCCGGGGCUCUGAGGCUCCAGUUCCUGCUCCUGAUGCUGCUGCCUGGAUGGUGCUGGAGCAAGUACGUGAAAGGCAACCUCAGCACCAAGGAGGAUUGGGUCUUUUUGACUAGAUUCUGCUUCUUUUCUGACUAUGGACGCCUGGAUUUCCAGUUCCGCUAUCCAGAGACUAAAUGCUGUGAGAACAUCCUUCUUUAUUUCGAUGAUCCUUCCCAGUGGCCAGCUGUUUACAAAAAGGGAAAUAAGGAUUGUUUGAUGAAAGAAUCAGUAAUCCGCCCAGAAAACAAUCAAGUUAUCAACCUUACAACCCAGUAUGCCUGGUCUGGGUGCAAGUUGGUGACAGAGAAUUCAGUCCGGUAUCUGAGCUGCGCAAGUGGGAGAAGCUUCCGUUCUGUCCGGGAACGCUGGUGGUAUGUGGUCCUCAGCAAGUGUGGGGGCGAUGGUUUGGAACUGGAAUAUGAGAUGAUUUUGACUAAUGGCAAAUCAUUUUGGACACGUCACUUUUCUGCUGAUGAAUUUGGCAUCCUGGAAACUGACAUCACUUUCUUGCUUAUAUUCAUCCUGAUCCUCAUCAUUUCUUGCUAUUUUGGCUAUCUGUUGAAAGGUCGGCAGCUUCUGCACACCACAUACAAGAUGUUCAUGACAGCAGCUGGAGUAGAGGUACUCAGCCUGAUGUUCUUCUGCAUAUACUGGGGCCAGUAUGCAAGUGACGGAAUUGGAAAUGAUAGUCUCAAGAUCUUGGCCAAACUCCUUUUUUCUGUCAGUUUCCUGAUAUUCCUCUUGAUGCUCAUCCUCCUGGGAAAAGGAUUCACAGUUACCAGGGGUCGGAUCAGCCACACUGGCUCCAUCAAGCUUUCGGUGUACAUGACACUCUACACCAUCACCCACGUCGUGCUCUUUAUCUACGAGGCUGAGUUCUUCGAUCAGGCGCAGGUGCUGUACACCUACGAAUCGCCAGCUGGAUAUGGCCUGAUCGCCUUGCAGUUUGUGGCUUACAUCUGGUUCUGCUAUGCCAUCCUCAUCACCCUCAAGCAGUUUCCGGAGAAGCAACCCUUCUACGUGCCAUUCUUUGCUGCUUAUACCCUCUGGUUCUUUGCUGUUCCAGUCACUGCACUUAUUGCUAACUUUGGCAUACCAAAGUGGGCCCGGGAGAAAAUAGUCAAUGGCAUCCAACUGGGGAUUCAUCUCUAUGCUCAUGCAGUUUUCCUGAUUAUGACAAGGCCCUCAGCAGCCAAUAAGAACUUCCCAUACCACGUGCGGACAUCACAGAUUGGGAUUGUCGAGGAGGCUGCAACAGGGGCCAAAUUUCCACAUCAUGUAUAUGGCAAUGUGACUUUCAUCAGUGACUCAGUGCCCAACUUCACAGAGCUUUUCUCCAUUCCGCAGAGUACGGGAAGCAGCACCAGCAAUCCCCGCAAACAAACGGAAGACACCUCUUCGGCUGAUCGCAGCCUGACCUCUAACUGCGUGGUCACCACCUCAGAGCUCAGCGGUGCCCCUGUGCUGUUGAAACCGUCCCUGGGGAGUGAGACCCAGCCUCCGCCCUACCAGCUCCAUGCUCCCCAACUACACCAACAUAACGGCUAUACCGAGUAUUUUAGCAUGCAUACAACUGGCGCCCGGCCUGUGUAAGGGUCUCCUGACUCUUUCUGGCUGCCCCGAUUCCUGUAUCAACAUUUUCUGGGGCUCCCUCUCUCAGACAAUGCCCCCCUCCUUGGUUUUUCUUCUCGGCCCCCUUUCACCUAUGACAUCUUUUCCCUUUUGAAGUCCUGUCAACUCAUGUCUUCUUGGAAUACUGCAGACCCACUCCUUUAGCAAUGAUACCAGGAAACCAGGGGGACAAGGUGGGGUGGGUGGGCUCAGCCCUAUUUUCCCCACUGUCUCCCGGGUCCUUUCAUAUGACCCAGUUAGUCUGUAGGUUAUACCUGUCCUUCCCCAUGGGACAGUCUUAAGCUUUCCCAUCCCCUCUGGGGCUGAUUCUGCUAGGGGAAGCCAAGCAUUGAAUGAACAUGGGUGGUGAUUCUCUUCUAGUUCACUGAGAGUGACAGGUCCAUCUUCGGCUGCCUCUUCUCUGUAGAUGAAGGUCACCAUAGUUUUCCCCAGCCACCACUGUGAUUCAGUGGUUUUCCUGUUUGGAUCCCAAUGUGAGGGAUCACAGGUAAACCAGAUUCACCUUGUAAUUAUAACUCCAUGUUACAUGAUCCCAUAUUAAUACUUUUUGGGCCACCCUUUUUUUCUGCUACCUUGUGAAGGUAGUGGGAACCUUCUAGGUCCUUCUGCCCUGGUCCCCGGGGUGAUUAUAUUGCCCUCUUUAGUUCCCAUGAUGGUGCUGUGGGUUCUGCUCCCUGAUCAUGGUGAAUUUCUGAAAACCACCAGAGCAGGUUUUUGCUUUUUUUUUUUUUUUUGCCAAAAUAAAGAAGAUUCUCGUGUUUCUAUCUCACUGCGAAAACAUGUGACUCUUUCAGGGAAACAUCUGCUUAUGAAAGGAGGAAGAGAUACCUAAACAUGGAACAUUCUCUGGUAAAAUAGCCUGUUAACCACAGAAGCUGAUGAUGUAAUACAUCCUUUGCUUUCUUUCUGAGGAUAAUAUGCAAAACUAGCUGAACCAAACAUAUUUUUUUAAGUGACACAGCGCUCAGAUAAGGAUUUCUGGAAACUGUAGCUCUGUGAAAGGAUGAGACAGCUUCCCAGUCUGAGGACAAUUAAAGUAGUUAUUAAAAAAAAAAGUUGAAAUUUGUAAUAUAGAUGUGCUCAGUUCAAAGCAAAUCGGUACUUUUCUUUUUUCUUUAAGUACCAUACUAUGACCAAGUUAACAUACAUUAUUUGUUGAAGUGAUUUAAGACAGCCCCAGAGUGGCUCUGAGCAGCUUACACUAUAAAGAAUAAAAAAAGACAAUAGUAAACAGAACAGUAUACACGUCUGGACACAUGUGCCUUUAACAGCAGCUUUGUAUGUGGCAGAGAAGGGAUCAUGUUGAUCUCCAUGCAGUGAAACAGUUCACAAGUUUCCGUAGACCAUAUGAAAGCGGGACUUUUUUUUCCCUGUCAAUACCGUGAGAAAACGAGUAUCUCCUCAACGUUCCUCUGAUUUUCUCAGAACUCUGCAUAGUAAAAUAUUUCCACUAAUGACCACUCUGUAGGGUGUCUGGAUUACCACUCAUGCCAUGGUUAUGAGGCUUCCUCCAUUCCGGCCAGCCCCAAACUAGUGCCAUUCAGAGGUGUCUGACUACAGCCUUCCCAAAUUCCUACCUGAUUAGCAUUAAUUGGUAAGAACAGGCUACUCUCUAAUCUGC